AAUAGCCGGCGUAUUCAUUCGUUAUUAUAUUUAUUUUUAAUUUUUUGUCAUAAAAUAGAAGCCAUUUAAAUAUUUCUUUUUUGAACGCGAUCAGCUGUGACGUCUGCGCAGUGUUUUGUUGACAAACAAUUGGUCCCAAACACCUGUUCGAGUCCAUAGAGUGACUCGAGAGAAACGAUUGUUUACCUCCGUUUAAAACUUAGUGAUUUUAGUCAUGGACUUUGUGUGCUUUUUGUCUUUUUUUGUGCCUAUUUGAUUAGUGAGACUCGAGAUUGUCGCUUUGUGUGCCCGAAAAACUGACCACCGCCCACUUCGAGAGGCUGGGGAUCGUGAGGUCAAGACGGGUCUAGACGGGUCUCUUCUGUGGCUGCUUAGGACUUAGGUAUUCUCCUCGCUUUACUGUCGCUGGAGUGUUGAACUGGAAAAGUGCCCCACCUUCAAUCGGUCGGUGAUUUAAAGCCAGCUGGAUCACAGCUUCAACUGGGCUUCAGAGACCAGUUGUAAGCGCUGCUGCACACACCACCCACCAUCCUCCCUCCCUCCCACCUCAGCUGCCCCAAUGAGUGGUUGAAACUGGAAGCAGCAGGAGCAGCCGCAGCAGUAGUCACAGGAGCAUCUGGAGUCCUAUAUUUUGGACUCCGAGGGAGAGACUAAACAAAGAUCCUCGAGGAACAAAAGCCGAGAUGGAGUGGGAUUCGCAGGAGGCAGACGACCUCCUGGCCAACACCACCGUCGAUAUAAGUGAGUACUUGCUCGACCAGGAGGAGAGCGAUGGUGACGACACUCCCUCAACCCAGCCGCUGCUCCACUAUCCUCACCCAAACGACAGUGAGGAGGAUGGUGACCGAACUGACGAUGAUGGUGAUGAUGAGGAUUAUGAAAACGGGGUGCUGAGCUUUGAGAACCCCAACUACACGUUGGGAGGCAGCAACGACCCCAGGCUCGACGACGCCCUGAACAGCAACAAUUCCACCGCCACUCAUGAGGGACCCCUGGAUGGUGGCUUAUCAGCCCUAGACUCCCUCUACAGUGAAUUGGACCAGGUUUGCAACCUGACCCGGUCCUCCUCGGUACGUAAUCGACGUCAUUAUGCUCACCUUGACAUUGGGUCCAUGGGAGUCGACGUAGCCACCGGCCCUGUGACAAACCUUGAUCACGCCGACCAUCAGAACAACAGCCUGUUGGACAAUGAGGGCAUAAUGGGUCGGAAGCAAGGCCUGAGUUACAACACCAUUAACCAGCCUGACCUCAUAGAACACGUGACCCAGCGCAACAACCUGCAACAACAGACAAACAACCAGAUAGUCUCCAACAACCACGAGAACCUACAUGAUAGGGAGAGCGAUGACAAACGUAUGGUGACCCCCGAAGGAGGGGAAGGUGGAGGGGAUUCUGGAGUGGUGACAGACGGGGGAUCAACAUCCUCCUCAAAUUCGUCCCAACAGGGGCGACAUUCACCUACUCACAUUCCGCAUAUGACAGCUGAGCAUACGCAGGACCUUUACGCUCUGCCUGUCAAACGACCACCAACGCAGACUGGAUCGCAGCAUUCGACCCCAACGCACCAGCCUUCACAGCAGAACAACCAGGAGGAGAAGUCCGAUCCUGCCUCAGAAGACGCCCUUCCUGCCGGCUGGGAAAAACACGAGGAUAACGAUGGCCCAUACUACUGGCACAUCAAGAGCGGCACUAUCACUCGGACGCCUCCUGAACCAUCAGACACUGUCAGCGCAGCUCCUCUGAGAGCAGAGAGAAGGACCAAGGAAGCUGAUCAGUCAAGCGGCAACAUAGCUGGAACGGUGACACGCAGCAACACAUCCUCAGCCCUUUCUGAGUUGUCAGAUUCACGCCCUAGGACUGCUGCUGUUGACAAUGCUUAUAAACGACGUAGCUACCCAGCACGGAGUGACAUAACAGAAGGAAGCGGUGGACGCCCCAUUCGUUUUGCUGUCCGUUCCCUCGGCUGGGUUGAGAUUGCAGAGGAAGAUCUUACACCAGAAAGGUCCUCCAAGGCAGUGAACCGAUGUAUUGUGGACCUGUCUGUUGGUAGAAGAGAUGUACUGGAUGUAGUAGGAUGCUGGGGAGAUGGAAAAGAUCUGUUUAUGGACUUGGAUGAAGGCUCCUUGAAGCUAGUUGACCCUGAAAAUUUGACUGUACUAAACACCCAACCCAUACACACAAUUCGUGUCUGGGGUGUGGGACGUGACAACGGCAGGGACUUCGCUUACGUAGCAAGGGACCGGGCAUCAAGAAAACACAUGUGCCAUGUUUUCCGAUGUGACACCCCAGCUCGUACAAUUGCAAAUACCUUACGAGAUAUUUGUAAGAAAAUAAUGAUAGAGCGUUCUCUCCAACAGAAUAUGAACAAGCCUCUGGACACAUGUGUAAGUAGUGGUGGUUCUGGCAGACUAACAAGACCAACUAAUCUUCCCACGGAACACCGUAGACUUCAUCGACAUUCGCAAAUCAUUCCACCCCAGUCUUUCCCAACCCCGAUGGAGGAGCCAAAGAAAGUGAUGAGAGUCCAGUACAUUGGGUUAUUGCAAGUAGAGAGACCCUCUGGCAUGGAGGUCCUAAAUAGUGCAAUAGACAGAGUCAUAGAAAAUAACCCUAAGCCCUGGAAAAAUGUAGCUGUGGCUAUUGCACCAUCCACAAUCACCAUCACAAAUAUUGAUGAUGGUAAACAAUUAGCAGAAUGCAGAGUUCGUUUCCUGUCCUUCUUGGGCAUAGGCCGUGAUGUCAAACACUGCGCCUUUAUCAUGCACACUGCUCAAGACCAGUUCAUAUCCUACAUAUUCCACUGCGAACCCUCAAGUGGAGCUUUGUGCAAGACUAUUGAAGCUGCUUGCAAGCUGAGAUACCAGAAGUGUCUGGAUGCACACCCUGGUGUCAGUCGAGGACGAGGAGCAGGUACUCCUCGCAGUAUUUCAGCCACAUUGCGGUCCGUCUUUGGCUCUAUUACAGGACGAAAAGCUCGGUCAGCUGAAUCCUGAGAUGAGGACUCACCUCUGCAGGACUUCUGGGCCCUACCUGCAGAGCGUGAGGUCAUUCCGCACCGUCACCUGACCAGUCCUGGAGGUGGUGCUAUUUCCCCCUCCAUGUCAGGGUGUCCCUAUUCCUCACGACAGGUGCAGGCACUGGUCUCUCCUACAUGUGAUUCCCCUACUUCAUUCAAUAGUCUCCACCGAUCCCCAACUACUCCAGCUCUCUCAACACAAGCACCACUUACACCUGCCACACCUAUGUCUCCUAUGGAUGCUCUACGCCGACUCCAGUUUCCAGCAGAGCUGUCUCCAUCAAAAGAAGAAGAAAAGGAAGAGAUGGAGGGAGAUGUUAUUGUGGAAGCUGGGGUUGGUUUAGAUGAGGAUGAUGAGGUAGAGGAGGAGGAGCAGGAGGAGAUGGAGGAGGAGCAGGAGGAAGGGGUAGAGGAGAAUGAUAAUGGUGACCUGGAAAGUUUAGGAGGUACUUUGCGGAAUGAAUGAGGCCAGUAGCUGUUUUCAUACUUUUGGAAGGAAGUGCCAUUCUAUCUCCUUGUAUAACAAAAAACUAAUCUUGUCCUAUUUGAUUUGGCAUAUGAAAAGGCUUGCAUGAGGAUUGCAACAUCCAUUUCUUUUGAAAGGAAAUAGCAGCUUAAAGUCCACUUAGUCUCACAAUGUGAAAGACUCAUUUAGAUUGUGAGACAAGUGACAUUAACCUGCAUUUUCUCUGAGGUAGCUCCAAAUACUCUUUCAUGCAGCUGCAUACAUAUUUAUAAUUAACCUAUCAUGGCAUCUUGAAUUACCUGUAUUCAUUAUUGAUCCAUAUGUCAGCCUCCCCAAUGCUGGUACUUAAUCACCUUUAUAACCUCUCAAUUCUGGUCUAGUCACCCUUCACUUUCCUGCAGACUGACAUCUGUUGUGUCAUAAGUGAUAUAUUGAUGUGACUGGAAAGAUUAAUACAGUAAUAUACUAUUGUACACAUGUAGAAAAUUAAGGAGAAUGAAGAGGCAGUGAUGGAGUUCCUUCCAAGGAACUCCAGGCCCAUGUAAUGUGAACGUGUGGUUUGUUGUAAGCGCGUAUGUUUUGGUGUACGCACGGUCAGCAGGGCCCAGAAUGGCUGGUUGUGUGUAGACUUGACUUAUGUCACAAAUUCUCUGCACGUACUCACAGAUGUUGAGUUUGUAUAUGUAAGAAUAUCAUAAAUACCUAUUUGUAUACUCUCAUUCUGGUAUGUUAAAUAGCAACAUCCGGGUGGGUGUAACAAGAAUUCUUUUAAGAAAAUUUAUAACUGCAGCCUAAGCUUCACAGUUCUCCUGGGGACAAGACCAUAAGCAGGGGAUUAAGUUGUGCCUCUGCUUGAGUAGAAAUUUUGCUAACCACUAACACAUUGAUGUACAUCUGUGAAUGUUUCAUGUGGCUUAGUGCAACUGUGUCUUUUUCUCUGCUUCUCUCUCAUUUCUGUCAUGUAAAAAUGCUCUAUGUCAGAUGUUGACUCAACUAUGUUGGUUUUAAGCUUAUGCCAAACCAGUUAUUUUAGCAUUUGUUCAGUAUUUAUUUGUUAUAAUAUUUAAAAGUCCUUGUAACUAUAAGAUUGCAAUUACAUAUAGUACUGCAAGAUGCUAAAACCUUACUUUGUUUGGUAAAGUUAGCUCACAAUUGAUAUAGUAAAGUCAUUGUCUAUCAUAUUCCUACUAGAGGUCUUUGCUGAAUAUGUUUUAGCAAAAAAUAAAUUUCUUACCUCACUGUCAGCAGUAUUUUAUUUUUUUAAACUUCUGUGAGACAAGGGAUCUUGUCUGCCCUCACCUUUCUUAAUUUAAACACUAAUCCUCUCCAACAAAAUUCAUAUAGACUACUGUACUUCUAAUCUUGUUGACUGUGAAUGAAUGUCCUCUUGUUACCGCAUAUAGCCAAGUAACUAGUCGUUAACAUAUUGUACUUAAGAGAUGCAGCUUGACUGGAGAAACUUUACAUACUUAGGGAAUUUUAUCAAUGAGCACAAGGAGCUUAGUAGGCUUGCAGUGUCUCUGAGAGUUUGCAUGAGUAUAUGACGAAUGGCUGUAAGUAAUGUAGUCGAGAGUGGACACCACAGAUCGAGAGCGCAAAGGCGUCUCUCGUAUCUUGUGAAUUGCUUGUAGCACCCCAUCUGUAGUAUAUUACUAUAUUUCCUUGUGCCCAUUGUAAAUAAUAUGUACACAAAGCCUUAGGUGUAAACUAGAACCAGUAUAUUGAUAGUGUUCACUUUGUUCAAUCACCUGAGCCUCCUAAAAUGACCCAUAUAGAGGCUGUUACUCAUGAAAUCGGGAUUAUUUGAUAUAGGUUUGUCGUCUCAGUGUACCUUUGUAGUUUCAGUAAUACCUUCAUUCCUUGUCAUGUGUUUGUAAUUUUGGAUAAUGAAGAAAAUUUAUUGCAUUGUAUAGAAAAUUGUGAAGCCAGAUGAUUGUGAUAAAAAAAAAAUGGGUUGAAGUUGUUCCACUGAGAAUAACUUGAAGAGCUUAGGUUUGGGUCACUCUAGGAGUAUUCCACUCAGCACAGUAACAUGUGUUUAGUUUAAUUGGCAACCUCUAAUCAGUUCUGAAUAAAGAUUAGUUUAUUUUUCAUGAAAAUAUAUAUAUGAAUAUCAACUAUUUGAUAUUUUUUAAGGUAAAGUACUGUACUAUAUCUAUCUCUUACCCAACAUAGCUUAGAUGUAUGAUAGAAGCAGCUGUAGACAAAUGCCACCUUAUUUUGCAUUCCUUCUUGGCAGUUAGAUAUAAGAAUUAGCAUUACCUUGAAAUAUAAAAGAUAUAUUUUGCAUCGUCCAUAUUGUACAAUUUUAUUUAGUUGUGCGUGUGCCUUUUCAUUUUAUAGUUACAUGUAGCUGAAGAUUAUUUGUUGCCAAUUAUGCUAGGGGCAGUUCCAUAGUUACCAGCGUCGGUACCAUCACCCAGUUUGUAAAAUUGUCCUGUAUGAUAGCUGGUUUGUAUUAGGACAAUUAUAAAAUUGUCAGAAUGAAGUAAACAUUUUGCAGAACCUUCAUAGACGAGCUUUUCAUUUAAAGUUCAAGAAAUCUGUAUAAAAUAAGGGUAAAAAUAUAUUGAUAUGAACUACUUUUCUCCAGUAUAUUUAGCAAGAGUUUCGCAUGAGUUCAGAGGAUCAUACUAUACAUUCCAAGUGGAAUAGUUAGUUAUUUUUCAUUUAAAGGAUUCCAGAAUACAAUAUAUAAUGAAAGUAUAUGUUAGGUCCUUCUAUCUAGACUAUCAAACAGUACUCAAGACAAUUCUAAUUAUCUUCAUUUUAUUUUAUAAUUUCGGACUCAAAUUCAGAAACCUGUAUAAUGAUACAAUGAGUAUAUAUUCCAUUUCAUUCCCUGCUUCAGUUACAUCAUGCCUCUGAAAUGUAAUACUUUAUGGGUGAAUUUUAUGUAUUUUUGUAUUUAAGUUACAUAAAUGUAUGUACAACUCUUCUGGCAAGUCAUGUAUUUAAGUGCCUGUAUAUUUGCAUUGCAGGCGCUUACACAAACUUUAUCAAUGUUGAUACCCAAGUGUGAACAAAAUACAUUAUUACAUAGAAUAA